UCCACGGGAAACGGACAUGUGAGACAGUAUGUCGAAGAAAAUAUCCGAACCGAUUAUUCUUCAUGAGAUCAGAGUGGACGGGAAAAAGAAAAGGCACUCGGAGUACGCCUUGCCCCCGAAAGGUGCGUCCCAAGGCCCAGGAAAAGUUUCAGGGAGUGAAUUUGUUUAUGUGAAUUCUGCUUAUGUCGGGAGCACUCAAAGCGUUAACCAAAGGCUCCCAGAACCACCAACAAGUGUCAUCCGUGAACAGUAUUGGACAUGUUCGCGGUGGCCACAGACGCAAAGAGUGAUCCUCGCCGCAGCAGGAGGGGUCCUGCUCGGAGCCAUCAUAGGCUUGAUCGUCACAAUGACUUUAAGAGACAAAGAAGACAAUGUCAUCGGAGGAAUAUUCCGGCACUCUACACCUGACUAAAGCUUUAACUCUUAAAUCUUCUCUAGAGAUGAACUGAUGUUUGUGUAAAUAAUGUUUAAUAUUAAGAUAUAGCACGAGUAACUACGAUUAGUUUUAGUGAGUAUUCACAAGUGCUUGUGGGUGAUAAUUUAUGAGCAAUAUGUAAAAGUUGACUAGGUAGGUGCCAAUAAUUGAAAGACAUAUUGUGAUUACGUGAUUUCUACGUCUUAACUGAAGUUAAGGAUAUUUUGACUGUCGGAUAA